GUAGGGAGUUCACUCCCGGACUCGGAGUGAAUGCCUUUCCCAGGUUCGUCUUGGCGUUUCAGUGCUCCUGGUGCCGCACCGACCGAUGGGCACCUCACCGUUUUACUCUCGCGCGAUCGCGAUCAGAAACACGUGAAGGUGCACACGUUCGUUCGGUUGGCGAGCGUCAGAUCAAGUUCAAACAGAUCGGUGAAGCUGAUCGAUUGCGCUGAUUGCGCGUCGGCUAAUCGCACCGUCGUCGAUCUGGAAAAUCAUCAGCGAGAAUCAUGAUCAGACUCGCGUUUCUCGUUCUCGCGAUUGAUCUGACGAUCGGCCAGCUUAACUACGAGGGAAAUCCGUUCACGGAAUAUACCGAGUAUAUUGCCGAAGAGAGCAAUCUCUCCGAAAGAUCGGCCAGACAGAAUGACCCCUCGCCGAUCAAUCACUCGAAUUCUGAGAUAUUGUCACCUCCGCGUCCUCAAAAGCUCUAUCCGGUUGUAAAUUCUGAAAACAGCAAGAAUCUUCAAGACAACAACAAUCUUCUUUCCGAUAAGCUGCAAGAGCAACCUUUCUUUUCGGUUCAAAGUUUUCGACCGGACACCGAAGACACGUCCGCUCGGCAGUUUCAAACUCCGUCCGACCAGAACGCGCCGAUCACUCCGGCACGAAUCGCGCUUAACACGUUUCUGAAUUCCAAAACGCCUGAGGAAUCCCGAGCGUCUCUCGAUCAGUAUCUCCGUAGUCAACAAUUGCUGCCGAACGACCAAUCGCGGUCGUUGGACGCGAGUAACAGUCAGAAUACGAGGUCGAUGGAGCAACAGUUCGUCAAUCAACAGCAGUCCCAAAUUCCGCAAAUCUCUCAAAUCGGGCAACAGAAAUCGCCGAUGGCUCCGCAAGAAAUGCGGUUAACGUCGCAAGUAGGCCAGAGUCAGCUGGCGUCGCAGCUGAUGCCGCAUCAGACCGAGCAUCAACUGUUGUCAGGUACCGAGCAGGUUUAUCAACUUAGCUACGAUCAGCAACCGCCUCCUAUCCAACCGGUAAUCAAAGCGCCUGCCGGAGUGCAGAUUGUGAGACAAGGGAUGCUGCAACCGGUGCCGUUCAUGUCCAGUUUUCAGUCCAGAAAUGACUUCAUCGCGCCGGCAAUGUGGGGAGAGAGGAGAAAGAGGAUUCACGGAAAGCCGUUCCCCUUCGCGCAGUCCAGGAUAGCGCCUGGAUUCUACAAAGGACCGGUUGUAGUUCCUUUCAAGCCCAAAGUUCCACCGAUGGAAGUGAUUUACACAAAGCCGCCAGGCUUUCAAAGAAGACCGCCCGUUAUCAGCAAUCCGCCCGUGCCCUACGAAGAUGCGAGCCCCUGGUUUCCGGACUCGGAUCAUCCGCCGCCCCACAAGGACGUCUACUAUUCGCAGUUGUACGCGCAGUCGUACGAUCCUCAUUACUACAAUUACAUCGGCGCGACCGGCAAGAUUCGGCCGUAUCUCUACGGGAAACUGGGCAAGCAUCAGGAGGAGCAGAGCGACGACAUCUGGUCGGAGUUGUAUCGCGGCUUCAAGAAACACGGUUUGAAGAACAUCAUGACACCGACCUUUCUGCUGGGCAUGACGCUGCCGGUGGUGACUCUGAUGCUCUCCGCCCUCGUGCAGAAACGGUCGAUCGCGCGAUCAGACGAGGCGAGGAAUCUGGAUCAGGAGAACGCGCUGCAGGAAUACCUCGAGAGACUGCAGCGGGCGAUGGAGUGCUACGGCAAGAAUUCCCGCGACGCGAAACUAGACGGUUGUUAGAAUGAACGGUGCGGCUGUAAACUCUUGUUUUUUUUUUGUUUUUUUUUUUUUUAUUUAACACUGGAGCCGUUGAAUGAAAUAAUAACUCGAUUCAUGCAAGGCAGCGCGCGAAAAAGUAGCCAACUCUAUUAGUCCGGUUUCGACAUCAGUGGCGAUGAACAGACACCGUCAGUUAUUCGGGCAACGUUACUUAAAAUCAUUUUGAUAAAUCAAUAUAGGUGUAGUGUCACUUAUUACAUUACGGUAAAUAGAACGCUAUGAGAUUUUUUAAUUUAAUAUUCGACAUUAUAUCAAAUAUAAUAUACUAAAAUAGGAAAUACUUUCUAGCGCACUGCGUUAUUUCACUCAUCGGCUAAAAUGUGGCUGUUUGAUGGAGAUUUAUUUCAUAAUAUUCAAUAGGAAGAAUAUAUCCUUUUGUAUUAAUUUAAAAGAAAAUUGGACUGCCACAUUUUACGAUAUAUGACUUGGUUGAUUAUGGAUCUAUUAUUAUUUAAAGGCAAAACGCGCGCGCUUUAAGAACAAACGAAACAAAUUUAAACGUAAGAGUAACAUCAUCGGUGCAAAAUAAAUUAAAUUAUUUUGAAUAAAAACACCGCGCAAUCAUGUAACGCGUGAAAACAGCAAUGCAGUCAGCAAGCUAGUAACUUUAGGCGAAAAAAAAAGGCUUCUAGAUAAAUAUUUUAACUUCCGCAUAAACGGCCGUUUCCGGUCAUCUUCGUGCGGAAACACGAAAAAUAACGUUUUACACACACGGCUUAUUACAUAUGCUGCGCUAACGAUCGCAACAGCAUGGGUCUAAUGAUACGCACGCGUUUUCGCAAUGUGUUAUUAGUGUUACGCAAGACCGACGUCUCUCUCCCGUCUGUUGGAAGUCAUUGUUGUUAACGAAAAAAGAACUGCUGCACAAAGAGCAUUUCUGUCUUUUUUUUUUCCACAAUCUAAAUUCAAGAGAAUUAAAUAAACGAGACGAGAGUCACAGAGACUCAUACCGAUCUUACCGUAUCGAACACAUAAUGUACAUAAAAAAAAAAAAUACGCGUACUCUUGUUAUAUAAA